GCUGCCUCGUCCGGACUUGGCGAGGACUUGGGAGGGACAGCGGCGCUGGGAGGUGGCUUAGCGGAGACUUUCCAGCAACUGCUGCCCAGGACUCUUUUUUUUUUUUUCCUUUUUCCCAGGAGGCGGCGACGGCGGCUGGGGGAGAGGAAGAGAAGGAAGCGCUUGCAGUUCGAGCCCAUGCAGCCCUGGGGCUCCCCGGGAGGAGCGCCCCUGCCCCGCUGAGCCCCCGCGGCGCGUCUCGGACCGUGCCCGGGCGGGAGCGGGGCCGGGAGCCUGGCGCCGACGAUCGCUGCCGCUUUGCUCUUGGGGGUAGGAUGUGGUGAAAGGAUGGGGCUUCUCCCUCCCCACGCUCACAAUGGCCAGAGAAGAUUCCGUGAAGUGCCUGCGCUGCCUGCUGUACGCGCUGAAUCUGCUCUUUUGGCUAAUGUCCAUCAGUGUGUUGGCAAUUUCAGCUUGGAUGAGGGACUACCUAAAUAAUGUUCUGACUUUAACUGCAGAGACAAGGGUUGAAGAGGCUGUCAUCCUGACUUACUUUCCUGUGGUUCAUCCGGUCAUGAUUGCUGUUUGCUGCUUCCUCAUCAUUGUGGGCAUGUUAGGAUACUGUGGAACAGUGAAAAGAAAUCUGUUGCUUCUUGCCUGGUACUUUGGAAGUUUACUUGUCAUUUUCUGUGUAGAACUGGCUUGUGGUGUUUGGACAUAUGAGCAGGAAAUUAUGGUUCCAGUGCAGUGGUCAGACAUGGUCACUUUGAAAGCCAGAAUGACAAAUUAUGGUUUACCUAGAUACCGGUGGCUUACUCACGCUUGGAAUUUUUUUCAGAGAGAGUUUAAGUGCUGUGGAGUGGUAUAUUUCACGGACUGGUUGGAAAUGACAGAGAUGGACUGGCCCCCGGACUCCUGCUGUGUUAGGGAAUUUCCAGGAUGUUCAAAACAGGCCCACCAGGAAGAUCUCAGUGACCUUUACCAAGAGGGAUGUGGAAAGAAAAUGUAUUCCUUUUUGAGAGGAACCAAACAAUUGCAGGUGCUAAGGUUUCUGGGAAUCUCCAUUGGAGUGACCCAGAUCCUCGCGAUGAUUCUCACCAUCACUCUCCUCUGGGCUCUCUAUUAUGAUCGACGGGAGCCUGGGACAGAGCAAAUGAUGUCCCUGAAGAAUGACACCACUCAACACCUGUCAUGUCACUCAGUAGAACUGUUGAAACCAAGCCUGUCGAGGAUCUUUGAACACACACCUGUGGCCAACAGCUUUAACACACACUUCGAGAUGGAGGAAUUAUAGAGAAUAUCAAAAAAGGAAACCACACAUUUAUUUUAUUGAACUUGUGAAUUUUUGAGUAUACACUUAUCUGUUUCAGAAAUAUCUGGAUGCCAUAAAGGAUGAGUAGGCAUAUAAUUUUCUACCCUUUAAAAUGAAGAGGGAGAAGUUUCAUAUGAUAACACAUCAGUUGGACAAUAGUUAUUGGCUUUUAUAAUGCUGAAGACAGAUCUAAUACCUACUUUAUAGCAUGUUUAAGAUUUUUACUGAACACAGUUAUGCUUUGACAUUUAUGCUCUGGCAUAGUUUGACCAACAUUUCUCCAUCAUGUAAGUGAGGGAUGCUAUGGUGGAAUUGGAGCUACAGUAAAGUUUGAUUUACUUCCAUAAGCUUAUUAGUAUUUAAAAUACCAAUUAACUGCUAACAUAGGGAGUUAGGCAGUACUAAUGACUUUUAUUACUUGGUGAUAUAUUCUUCUGAUGUGAUGGAUAGAUUAUACAUAAGAAAACUCCAAAGAUAGGUGACUACCUAAGUGUGAUUAUUGUUGGUUACUAAAAUAUUCUUACUACUUCCAAGAACAAACUAAUACAUUAUCUUAAACUGAUCAGGGAUUUGUGUGUAUAAAGAGCCUGUGUUAAGUCUGUAUAAUUCAGUAGAUUUCAGUUCUUACAAUGUUAAGAAUAAUAGUUAUGAAAAAGAUAAAUUUGUCUUGUAUAGCACCAUUAUUUUUAACCUUUCCUGCUAAUAGAGCUUUAAAAUUCUGACUUGGGUUUAUAUUACAUAUAUAACUGUUAAUUUAAACACUUAACCACUAAUUUUGAAAAACUACCAGUAUGAUAUAAAGGAGUCAUUAUAAUUCAAAAUGCAAUCUCGUCUUUAGAAAGUAUUAACAAUUGAGUUUACAUGUAAUUUAGUUCAUUUGGCAAAAAUUUGGAUACUUUCUUCCUAAUUAAGACUCUUUGACACUGAAACACUUUCUUAAAGAGAUUAUCUGUGCCUUCUCCAAACAAGAAGCAAUAGUUCUACAGAGAAUAGUGUUUCUUUUCUCCAGCAAAAUGCUGUAAGAAUCAUUACAUAAGUGACAAUUCAACUAGGUUGUUUUUUUUUUUUGCUUUAUUUCACUGAUUAAGAUAUGUGGUGAGUUACACAGAUUAUUAAAUUUUUACAAGAGUAAAAUAUAUUUAUUUGAAAUGGGAAAGUGCAUUUUACUGUAUUUUGUUUUGUUUAUUUCUCUGAAAAUGGAAAGAACAUUAAAAUGUGUCAAUAAAUAUUUUCCAGAGAGUAAUAAUUUGACUGUGUGUAAGUUUUAGACAUGAUAAGCAUUUUUACCACUAAGAUUAGCAAGGGAAAAAAUACAUGAAAUGUGAUUGAAUAUGGUAAAAAUGAUGAUUUUUCAAACUCUUGAACUAAUCUAUAAGACUGUGCAUCUUCACUAAAAAAAAGAUGCCCAUGUAUUUUUUAAGUUUGUUUUUGAGCUAAAUGAUAAAGAAUGUAGUGUUCAAUAUAUUAUUAAAAGUAUGACAUUUGUUAGUUUGUCUUCCUAGUGAUUUUGAAUCCCUUUUUAAAAAUAAUUUUUGAAAGCAAAUGAGCCUAAGGAAUAAAAUAUUUAAAGUCAACUGCCAGAUUUCAUAUCUUCUAUGGAUUUAAAUGAAAACUGGUCAAAUCACUUGCUCAAUUAAAACCUUUUUUAUAAUUUCCUCAAUAUCCCAGUUCCCCAUACUUUCACCAGUAGUACCCAAAUAAUUGAAACAGCUGUGAGUAUUAUUUGAAUUAUUUGGAUAAUGGUUAAAUUCAGCUCCUUUUCUGUUCACAGAAAGAACAAACAUAUAUUGUGUUUAGUUCAGUAAAAUAAAAUCCUCAAAUUAUAAAUAAAAGUGGAUGUCUAUAUUUUUAGACAUCAGAUAUUUUAAUAUAUUACCUGACAUAAUAUUCUCUAGAAUAGUCAAAAUAAAGUUAGACAGUCAUCUGAUGUAUAAUGCAUUUGCAUAAUGGGAACUAAUGACAUUUAUACCAAUGGUCCACAAAAGCCUCUUAUGGAAGCAGUGCACCUGGAAUAAUAAAGCUGUAAGGAAAUUUAAAAAGUGUGUUUAAUAUGGCAGAACUGA